AUGGCAGAAGCCAGAAUUUCAGUGGAUCAGGAUGAGUUCACAUGUCCAUUGUGUAUGAAGGAUCCUGAACUAAUCCUGAAUGAUCCAGUGGUUAUUCCCUGUGGACACCGUUUCUGUAAGAGCUGUAUUACAGGCCACUGGGAUCAGGAGGAUCAGAAGAAAGUCUACAGCUGCCCUCGGUGCAUACAGACCUUCAGUCCAAGACCUGCUUUAGGUAAAUACACCAUGGUGGUUGAAGUGGUGGAGAAACUGAAGAAGACUCAACUUUCUGCUGACUGUUACGCUGGAGCUGGAGAUGUGCAGUGUGAUGUCUGUCCUGGAAGAAAAUACAAAGCCGUCAAGUCCUGUCUUGAGUGUCUGAACUCUUACUGUCAGAAUCACCUUGAACAACAUGAAAGUUUGUUUAAAGGGAAGGGACACAGAGUUACUGAUGCCACUGGACGACUGCAGGAGAUGAUCUGUCGGAAACAUGAGAAGCUCCUUGAGCUUUUCUGUCGCACUGACCAGAAAUGCAUAUGUGUGCUGUGUUUGGAUGAACAUAAAAACCAUGACACUGUAUCGGCUGCGGAACAGAGGAUAGAGAAACAGCACCAGUUGCAGAGGGAGUUCCAGCAGAGAAUCCA